GGCAGGAAGAGACGAGAAAAGAGGAAGAGGUAAAGAGUAGAGGGCUUUCAUUUUAGGUAAGAAAAAAUAAGUCAUACAGCCUAAAAACAAACCUUAGUAAAAAAAAAAUUCAGAUCAAUUCUGUGAAGGCAAGACACCAUGGCUCCUUGGGCAAUGACCACCGUGGAGCGUUAUGGUGUUGUCAAGUGGAACUUUGCUGGCAGUGGUGAGAAUCAGCUUUCUCUGGAAGUAGGAGAUACAGUCUACAUCCAGGAGGCUUGUGAUGGAUGGUACAGAGGGCACCUGGCCAGAAACAAAGCCUACCAGGGUGUGUUUCCUGCCAGUUUUGUACACCUGAGGGAGGUCAUUGUACAACAACGCGGAGAUGAGGAAGUGGUGCUGUCUGCAGAGAUGCCUCUGGUGAAGGAGGUGACCACCACGCUAAGAGAGUGGGGAAGCAUAUGGAAGCAACUCUUUGUGGCCAACAAGGAGCUGCGGGUGAAGCAGGUGCAGGGGCUGAUGUGGGAGCUGAUGGAGUGGCGUUCCCAGCUCCUCUCUGGAACAUUGCCUACUGAUGAAUUCAAGGAACUCAAGCAGAAAGUCAUCACCAAGAUCGAUUAUGGAAACAAACUUUUGGAGCUGGACCAGGUGGUCCGAGAUGAGCACGGGAAUAUCCUGGACCCGGAACGGGCCAGCGUCAUUAGCCUCUUCCGUGCCCACGAGGAGGCCUCUGCUAUGAUCAAGGAGCGUAUAAAAGAAGAGCAGUCCAACGUUCAGACGGAACAGAGCGGGUUCUCAGCACGGAUCCAGUCGUCGCCCACGUACAGCCUCUACGUCUUUGUCAGGAACUUUGUGUGUCGUGUGGGAGAGGAUUCAGAACUCUUCAUGUCCCUCUACGACCCCAUCAAGCAGACCAUUAUCAGUGAGAACUAUCUGAUCAGGUGGGGCAGCAAAGGGUUCCCCAAAGAGAUUGACAUGCUCAACAACCUGAAGGUUGUCUUUACAGAUCUCGGGAAUAAGGACCUAAGCAGGGACAAGAUUUACCUGAUCUGUCAGAUAGUCCGAGUGGGCAGAAUGGACUUAAAGGAAACCAACAAGAAGUGCACUCAAGGUCUCAGACGGCCUUUUGGAGUGGCAGUGAUGGACAUCAGUGACAUCAUCAAAGGGAAGGUUGAAUGCGACGAGAAGCAGUUUUUCAUCCCCUUCGCUCCGGUUAUCACGGAGAACGACUUUCUACACACCUUUUUGAACAAAGUGACGACGUCCCGGGGAGACAGCGGAGGCCAAGGACUGUGGGUGACCAUGAAGGCGCUGGUAGGAGACAUCGUUCAGACCCGCAAGGAGUACCCUCACCUGGUGGACCGCAGCACUGUGGUGGCGCGCAAGCUGGGCUUCCCCGAGAUCAUCAUGCCCGGAGACGUUCGCAACGACAUCUACCUCACCCUGCAGGGCGGAGACUUCGACAAGUACAACAAGACCGCGCAGAAAAACGUGGAGGUCAUCAUGUGUGUUUGCGACGAGGAGGGCAAGAUCAUACAGAACUCCAUCUGUCUUGGAGCUGGCGAUAAGCCGACGAGCGAAUACCGAUCAGUCAUCUACUACCAAGUCAAACAACCCCGCUGGAUGGAGACUGUUAAGGUGGCUGUCACUCUGGAGGAUAUGCACAGAAUCCAUCUUCGUUUCAUGUUCAGGCACAGAUCCUCUCAGGAGUCUAAAGACAAGAGUGAGAAGAGUUUUCCAUGUCCUUCGUACGUCUGAUGAAUGACGGACGGGACGGUUCUGAAGGAUGGACUUCAUGACCUUGUGGUCUUCAAGGGGGACAGCAAGCGCAUGGAGGAUGUGAAUUCUUACUUGUCCUUGCCCUCCACCCGCCCCCACCAUGGAGACCUCCACAAGGGGACACUGAACCGAAGCACCAGCAAUUUGAGCGGGGGCGGCGGGGGCCUGUCAGUCAGCUCCAGAGACAGUUUCACGAUUUCCACCUUGGUCUGCUCCACCAAGCUCACCCAGAAUGUGGGCCUGCUGGGGCUUCUUAAAUGGCGGACUCGACCCGAACUCCUGCAAGAAAACCUAAAGGAACUGAGGCUCAUCGAUGGCGAGGAGGUGGUCAAGUUCCUGCAGGACACGCUGGACGCUCUGUUCAACAUCAUGAUGGAACACUCUCAGACGGACGACUACGACAUCCUCGUGUUCGAUGCCUUGAUCUACAUAAUAAGUCUCAUCGCAGACAGGAAGUUCCAGCAUUUCAACACAGUGUUGGAGGCCUACAUCAAGCAGCAUUUCAGUGCCACUUUAGCCUACAAAAAGUUGAUGUCGGUGCUGAAGAGAUACCUGGACGUCUCCAGUCAGGGAGAACAGUGCGAGGCAAUCCUCCGAACUCUGAAAGCUUUGGAGUACAUCUUCAAGUUCAUCGUCCGCUCACGGAUGCUCUACUCCCAGCUCUACGAGGGCAGCGAGCAGGCAGAGUUUGAGGAGUCGCUGAGGAAGCUUUUUGAGUCCAUCAACAGACUGAUGAGGACGGACUUCACCACCACACUACUGCUGCGGGUUGCUGCUCUGAAGUAUCUACCAACAGUGCUGCAUGAUGUUGAGAAAGUCUUUGAUGCCAAACUGCUAAGUCAGUUGCUGCGUGACUUCUAUUCCUGCAUCCCGCCCGAGAAACUGCAGAAACAGAAAGUGACCUCCAUGACUGAAAUUGUGAGCGGCCAACUCUUCCAGCGCCAAGCGUGUCGAGAUGUGCUGUUGCCAAUGAUGCUGCGAGAGCUGAGCAGAACUCUGGCCACCAUGUCUGACGGGCCGCACGAUGAGAGGAAGAAAAGUCUGGAGUUACUCAACAACAUCCUGGAGGUCCUGAGCAGAGACAAUGUGGGAGAGACAUUUCAACACAUCCAGGACAUCGUGGUGUCGCUGCUGAGGAUCAUCAACCAGACAGUCAUCACCAUGGGCCGCGAGCAUGCUCUAAUUUCCCAGGUGGUGGCCUGCAUGACAGCCAUCCUCAGUCAGAUGGACGACCGCCAUUACUCCACCUACAUAGACACCUUCACUCGGAGCGGCGAUCUUGUGGAUUUUUUAAUGGAGUCCUUCCUGCUUUUCAAAGACCUGAUCGGCAAGCACGUGUACCCGUCCGACUGGAUGGCCAUGAUCAUGGUGCAGAACAGGGUCUUCCUCAGAGCCAUCAACACCUACGCUGACACCAUGAAUAAAAAGUUCCUCAAUAACGAUGACUUUGAAGUACAGCUCUGGAAUAACUACUUCCACUUGGCGGUGGCGUUCAUUACCCAGGAGUCUUUGCAGCUGCAACACUUCUCGCCCACAAAGAGGAACAAGACCCUCGCCAAAUACGGAGACAUGAGGAGACUCAUCGGCUUUGCUAUACGAGACAUUUGGUUCAAACUGGGCAGCCAUAAGAUCUGUUUCAUCCCCGGCAUGGUGGGUCCCAUCCUGGAGAUGACUUUGAUCCCGGAGGAGGAGUUGAGGAGGGCCACCAUCCCUAUUUUCUUUGACAUGAUCACCUGUGAACAUGCGCACUCCGGGAAUUUCCACAAGUUCGAGAACGAGAUCAUUCUCAAGUUGGACCACGAGGUGGAAGGUGGAGGCGGAGACGAGCGAUACAUGCAGCUACUGGAAACCAUUCUGCUGAGCUGUGCCACAGAGAAGCCCGGUUUGAAGCCUCAGGUGCAGCACUUUGUGUCUUUGGUGAAGGGACUCAUCGUUCGUCUCCUCGACUACCGCACGGUGAUGAGGGACGACAGCCGCAACAACCGCAUGAGCUGCACCGUCAACCUUUUGAAUUUCUACAAGGACAUCAACCGGGAGGCAAUGUACAUCAGGUACCUGUACAAGUUGCGAGACCUUCACCUGGAGGGCGAGAACUACACGGAGGCGGCGUACACGCUGCUGCUGCACUCCCGCCUGCUCAAGUGGUCUGAUGACACGUGCAGCCCCCAGUUUGAGUUCCACGGCUCCCAGACGCAGCGGCAGCUGAAAGAAACUCUCUACGACACCAUCAUCGACUACUUCGACAUGGGCAAGAUGUGGGAAGAAUCCAUCACUCUGUGCAAGGAACUCGCCGACCAGUACGAGAACGAGAUCUUUGACUACGAGUUACUCGGCAAGAGACUGGAGAAACAGGCAAAGUUCUACGAGAACAUUAUGAAGAUACUGAGGCCCAAGCCGGACUACUUUGCAGUGGGAUACUACGGCCAGGGCUACCCUCCAUUUCUCAGGAACAAGGUGUUCAUCCACCGAGGUAAAGAGUACGAGCGCAGAGAGGACUUCCAGAACCAGCUGAUGAGCCAGUUCCCCAGCGCCGUGCGCCUCAACACCACCACCAUGCCUGGGGACGACAUCUGGAACUCCCCCCUGCAGUAUAUUCAGUGUUUCACUGUGCAGCCCGUGCUAGAGAUCCCUCCCCGCCUGAAGAACAAACCCGUGCCGGACCAGAUCAUCAAGUCAGUACUAUUUGAAGAGGACAAUGUGUGCCAGGAGCCAACAAGAAGAUAUUUCAAUAACACUGACCUUUGAUUGACACAAUCUAGCUUCUACAAGUCCAACUACGUGCAGCGGUUCCACUAUUCUAGACCCGUGAGGAAAGGACCAGUGGACCCAGACAACGAGUUUGCUUCUAUGUGGAUCGAGCGCACAACCUUCACCACCUUCUAUAAAUUGCCGGGGAUCCUGCGCUGGUUCGAGGCCAUUGACAUGCAACAUACCACUUUGUCCCCUUUGGAGAACGCCAUCGAGACCAUGGAGUCCACCAACGAGAAGAUCCUGGCUCUGAUCAACCAGUAUCAGGCCGACUGGAGUCUGCCCAUCAACCCUCUCUCCAUGCUGCUCAACGGCAUCGUGGACCCGGCCGUCAUGGGCGGCUUCGCCAAAUACGAGAAGGCUUUUUUUACCGAAGAGUACGCUGAGCAGCACGCGGAGGACAAAGAGAAGCUGCUGCGGUUAAAAGACCUCAUAGCGUGGCAGAUGCCCUUGCUUGGCGGAGGUAUCGCUCUCCACGGUAAGAGGGUGACGGAUGACCUGCGUCCUUUCCACGAGCGCAUGGAGAAAUGUUUCAAAGAGCUGAGGAAGAAAGUGGAGAAGGAGUACGGAGUGAGAGAGCUGUUGGACCUGGAAGACAGGAAGUCUAACCGUCCCUGUUCUGUGCUGAGACCUGUUCGCCAGUCCAUUAUCUCCAUUUCCUCACUGCAGGGCUCUGACUGUGGAACCCCGACAACACUCUGUGUGGACAGAGACUUCCCCCAAGAGUGGUCGGCGGGCGGCACCUUGCCGCGCUCCAGCGGCAGCAUCAGCACGCAGGACGAGGACGUGGUGACGGUGGGCGACUCUGAGGUGAAACUGAGGAAGAGCAAGAAGAAGAAGAAGAGGAGCAGCAUGAUCUUCAUCACGGAGGAGAAGGAGCACACCAACACUCUGGACUACAAACGGCUGUCAAAGAAGCAGGAGUUCCGCAGUGAGACCAACUUGUCCGAUCCGAACAGCGGGAAUGUGACUUUGAGCUCCGCCAACUCCAGGUCUCUGCCGGCCAUCACAGGUCUGUCUCUGGCGGUGGUGAGCGCAGGAGAGGACGUGGACAUGUCCCGAGCCACGAGAGACAGCAAGUCCCUCUCCGUCACCUCAGACCGCACUGCAGACAGACGCUCCAAAGGUGUCAUCGGCCUCUUCUUCAAAUCCAAGACUUCCAAGUGUGAGGAUGCGAUGAGCAGCGAUGCAAGCAAAGACCACGUCAAUCAUUUCUGACGGCCAUUAUUUUUUUAAACUUAUUUCCCCAGCAUCACCCGGGAGUUUGAAUGCACUCUCGCUUAGAUGCCUGAAAUAAUUGAAGCUGGCUGUCGGUGCAAUGACCUUUACUCGCCUCUUUAGCUGAAUGACAUCUUGGAGCUCUCCCAUCCGUCUGCUUGAAAAGCUGCGCUCGCUCCUCUCCGUGAUUACAACAUGACACACUUCCAUGAUUACAACAUGACACUUCCAUGAUUACAACAUGACACACUUCCAUGAUUACAACAUGACACACUUCCAUGAUUACAACAUGACACUUCCAUGAUUACAACAUGACACACUUCCAUGAUUACAACAUGACACACUUCCAUGAUUACAACAUGACACUUCCAUGAUUACAACAUGACACACUUCCAUGAUUACAACAUGACACACUUCCAUGAUUACAACAUGACACUUCCAUGAUUACAACAUGACACACUUCCAUGAUUACAACAUGACACACUUCCAUGAUUACAACAUGACACACUUCCAUGAUUACAACAUGACACACUUCCAUGAUUACAACAUGACACACUUUCAUGAUUACAACACGACACACUUCCAUGAUUACAACAUGACACACUUUCAUGAUUACAACAUGACACACUUCCGUGAUUACAACAUGACACACUUCCGUGAUUACAACAUGACACACUUCCGUGAUUACAACAUGACACACUUCCGUGAUUACAACAUGACACACUUCCGUGAUUACAACAUGACACACUUCCGUGAUUACAACAUGACACACUUCCGUGAUUACAACAUGACACACUUCCAUGAUUACAACAUGACACACUUCCUUGAUUACAACAUGACACACUUCCGUGAUUACAACAUGACACACUUCCGUGAUUACAACAUGACACACUUCCGUGAUUACAACAUGACACACUUCCGUGAUUACAACAUGACACACUUCCAUGAUUACAACAUGACACACUUCCAUGAUUACAACAUGACACACUUCCGUGAUUACAACAUGACACACUUCCGUGAUUACAACAUGACACACUUCAGUGAUUACAACAUGACACACUUCCAUGAUUACAACAUGACACACUUCAGUGAUUACAACAUGACACACUUUCAUGAUUACAACAUGACACACUUCCAUGAUUACAACAUGGCACACUUCCGUGAUUACAACAUGGCACACUUCCGUGAUUACAACAUGGCACACUUCUGUGAUUACAACAUGACACACUUCCGUGAUUACAACAUGACACACUUCCGUGAUUACAACAUGACACACUUCCGUGAUUACAACAUGACACACUUCCAUGAUUACAACAUGACACACUUCUGUGAUUACAACAUGACACACUUCCGUGAUUACAACAUGACACACUUCCAUGAUUACAACAUGACACACUUCCAUGAUUACAACAUGACACACUUCCGUGAUUACAACAUGACACACUUCCAUGAUUACAACAUGACACACUUCCGUGAUUACAACAUGACACACUUCCGUGAUUACAACAUGACACACUUCCGUGAUUACAACAUGACACACUUCCAUGAUUACAACAUGACACACUUCCAUGAUUACAACAUGACACACUUCCAUGAUUACAACAUGACACACUUCCAUGAUUACAACAUGAC